AUGUUGAAAUUUCUCAUUCUCAUUAGUGUUCUUUUGAACUUUGCCGCUUGUCAUCAAAACGACAAAAUGCUUUGUGUAGCAGAGGCAAAGAGGUACAAUUUCUGUACUGGAAUUUAUAACAAUUUCACCAGAGAAUUGUUUGAAUCCCGCAAGGAAUUAAUCGAGUCCAGCUCUACGAUUGCUCCAUUAGGCUCACAAUUAGGAGGAGAAUUUAAGAAGAUGAUGAAAUGUUUUUUGAUGAAAUGUAUUGGUGAUUUGGAAUGUAAAGGAGAACGGAAGCAAAUCAAAUUUCAAAUUGACACAGUCGAGUUUUAUGGGGAAAGAGUUACAGAAGCCCAAGAGUGCAUUGAAAAGAAUGACAUCAAUCAAUCACUUCGAAACUGCGUUGCUCUUCACAAACAGUUCCCGUUGCCAAAAGGGUUUUCGCCCACCGUGGUCCCAUGUGUCAAACAUGUUCUCGCAGAAUCUGCAAUGUUGUUGCCGGUAAUGUCUUCGACCUGCCCUCCACCUCUAGAAACUUUGCUUGCUGAAGUCGCUGCUCUCCAGCGGCUAUCCAAGGAAAAAGAUGACAUCAUCUGUCAUUUGCAACUCCAGUUGGCGAAAAAUGAGUUGGACAGUCGGGAGAAGAUUCGGAGAAUUGAAGAAAAGGCUGAAGAAAAGAUAGAAUUCGCAAUGGCCAAAUGCCAAGAACAUUUGGAAGCAAUGGAGCAGAAGUAUGCUGAAUUGGAAGCAGAGUUAGAACUUCAAAACUGCAAGAAGCCCAUUGAUGACGACACUAUCGAUUUCGAUUCAGAAUCCAACUGCUCUGGCGACGACGCACCGGAGCCCACAUCCGACUUCACAUCGGUUCCAGCUGAACAACUCGCAAAGGACUUUGUCAUGAUGUCAGACGCCAUCGGAAAUGCUCACAUUAUCAUUCGAGGGCAAGAGCUCCAGAUUAAGCAGCAGUUGGAUUGGACAAAGACGUUUUUCAAGAAGAACAUUGAUCUUCUGGAUCGGAUGACAUUCGGCAAUGGUAUCCCGGAAGAUAUCCAGCAACAGUUGAGCAAUGUGCACGAGGAGAAGGAAAACACUGUUCAAAUCAACAAAGAGUAUCUUACUGAAAUUGCUGAAAAUUACAAUGCAGGUGCCGAAUCCCUCGAUUUGGAAAACCCAGAAUCGGAAAAAAUCAACGCCUUCAUUCGGGACUCUACUCAUGGAAAACUUGACAACCUGGUUUCAACGGAUUCAAAUUCUGACGCUGUUGCUCUUCUAGUGAAUGCUAUCUACUUCAAAGGGAAGUGGGAUGAAGAAUUCGAGAUGGAUUUGACAUCUCCAAGAGAAUUUACUUUGAAAUCUGGAGAACUUAUGGCAAUCCCGUUUUAA